AUGUCCACAGGAGUGUUUGCAGGCUCCGUACAGUCAUUCGUGGUCACACCUGUGGACGUUCUGAAAAUUCGAUUGCAAGUCCAAACUGCAGUGCCUGGGCAGAAAUCGUACGUUGGGGCAUUUGGAAUGGCGCGGCAGAUUAUCCAACGAGCAGGAGUGCAAGGUCUCUUCCGAGGCCUUCCAGUGACGCUGUUAAGGGAUACUCCCAGCCACGGUGUGUAUUUCUAUGUGUACCACCAUAUCAAGGACAUCAUCGAGUCCAAGGGUCAUGCCCAGUGCUCUGCAGUCGGUGCACCAGCAGUUGGGAUGUUUCUUGCAGGUGGAGUAGCGGGUGUUGUAUCCUGGUUGUCCGUGUACCCAUUGGACGUCUGCAAGUCUCGAGUGCAGGCGUUGGACCGAGACAGAUCACCGUACAAGACAUGGGUCGAAUGUGCGGCUCAGAUCUACAGGCUGGAAGGUGCAGCCCCAUUCUGGAGAGGCCUGAUAGCCACCCUGUAUCGCGCGUUUCUCGUCAAUGCUGCUAUUUUCACCGCGUAUGAGAGCUGCAUGAGCGGUUUGAACGCAUGA